UUGGGAGUUGGGAGGUGAGGUGAUUGGAGUGAAGGCAGUUAAUGUCAUGGAAAGGAAAAGCUGUCUGAAGAAAAAUACACAUUUUCAUGUCCCUCUUCAGCUGUGCCUGCCGAGAGAGAGCUCUCCUGGGAUGAUAAGUGAAAGUGUUUGGAUUUUUUUUUUUUUUUUUAACUCUGUCAAAGCAUUGCUGAGUGUGUCAGGGCAGCCCCUUCUGGCAAAGCGCGGCAGCAGCAGAGGCAGCUCCCGAGAGCCUGGCAGGCAGCUGCUUGCUGGUCAAGCCCACUUGAAGAGAAGGUUUGCUCUGGCCGGGAGAAGGAAGCGGGGAGAGCAGGAUGAGAGCCACCACACCGCUGCAGACAGUGGACCGACCCAAGGACUGGUACAAGACAAUGUUUAAGCAAAUUCACAUGGUGCACAAGCCGGGUCUGUACAACCCACCCUACAGUGCGCAGUCACACCCUGCCGCGAAGACCCAGACCUACAGACCUCUUUCCAAGAGCCACUCUGACAACGGCACCAACGCCUUUAAGGACGCGUCCUCCCCAGUGCCUCCCCCACACGUUCCACCUCCAGUCCCACCGCUUCGACCAAGAGAUCGGUCUUCCACAGAAAAGCAUGACUGGGAUCCUCCAGACAGAAAAGUGGACACAAGAAAAUUCCGGUCUGAGCCAAGGAGUAUUUUUGAAUACGAACCUGGCAAGUCAUCCAUUCUGCAGCAUGAAAGACCAGCCUCCUUGUAUCAAUCCUCUAUAGACAGAAGCCUGGAAAGACCCAGUAGUUCUGCAAGCAUGGCCAGUGACUUUAGGAAACGGAGGAAGAGCGAGCCUGCAGUGGGUCCCCCCAGGGGCUUGGGAGAUCAAAGUGCAAGCAGGACAAGCCCAGGCCAGGCGGACUUCCCAGGAUCAAGCGCCACCCUUACAAAGCCUUUCAUUAGUUCUUCUCCUUCUUCCCCCUCGAGAGCAAAAGGUGGGGAUGAUAGCAAAAUGUGUCCAUCCCUUUGCAGUUACUCAGGGCUCAACGGCACCCCCGCCAGUGAGUUAGAUUACUGUAGCAAUUACAGACAGCACUUGGACGUGCCGCGGGACUCGCAAAGGGCCAUCACUUUCAAGAAUGGCUGGCAAAUGGCCCGACAAAACGCAGAAAUCUGGAGCAGCACCGAAGAAACCGUUUCCCCCAAAAUCAAAUCCCGGAGCUGCGAUGAUCUCCUGAACGACGACUGCGAUAGCUUCCCUGACCCGAAAGCCAAGUCGGAGAGCAUGGGCUCCCUGUUGUGCGAGGAGGACCCGAAUGAGAGCUGCCCCGUGCCGUGGGCUACCCCCUACAUCCAGGAGGUUCGCAGUAACGGCAGAUCAAGGCUCAGACACAGGUCCGCCCACAACGCCCCAGGCUUCCUGAAAAUGUACAAGAAGAUGCACCGCAUCAACCGCAAGGACCUGAUGAGCUCGGAGGUGAUCUGCUCGGUGAAGUCGAGAAUCCUGCAGUACGAGAAGGAGCGGCAGCGCUCGGGCCUGCUGCACAGCUGGAGCCAGUCCUCCACCGAGGAGGUGCCCCGGGACAUGGUACCCACCCGCAUCUCCGAGUUCGAGAAGUUGAUUCAAAAGUCGAAAUCCAUGCCGAAUUUAGGGGACGAAAUGCUAUCCCCUGUAACCCUAGAACCGCAACAGAAUGGUUUAUGUCCCAAGAGGCGCUUUUCCAUUGAGUCUUUGCUGGAGGAAGAAACUCAGAGUAGACACCCUUCUCAGGUACCGCGCAGCUACACGUCCAAAACCCUGGUGCCCAUCCACAUCGAAGUCACCAGCGACGAGCAACCGAGAGCGCACGUGGAAUUUUCCGACAGCGACCAGGAUGGGGUCGUGUCUGACCACAGUGACUACAUCCACGUGGAAGGGUCAUCCUUCUGCAGUGAAAGCGACUUCGAUCACUUUUCCUUCACCUCCUCUGAAAGCUUUUACGGGUCCAGCCACCACCACCACCACCACCACCACCACCACCACCACCGGCACCUGUUCAGCUCCUGCAAAGGCAGGUGCCCGGCCUCCUACACGCGCUUCACCACGAUGCUGAAACACGAGAGAGCCAGGCACGAAAGCGCCGACGAGCCCAGAAGACAGGAGGUGGACCCCGGCCUCUCCAAACUUGCUUUUCUAGUCAGUCCCGUGCCUUUCCGGAGGAAAAAAAAUUCGACUCCGAAAAAACAGACUGAAAAGGCGAAAUGUAAAGCGUCUGUGUUUGAGGCCCUGGACUCUGCCCUUAAAGACAUCUGUGACCAGAUUAAAGCCGAGAAGAGAAGGGGGAGUUUGCCAGACAACAGCAUAUUGCACCGUCUUAUCAGCGAACUGCUGCCGGACAUUCCCGAGAGGAAUUCGUCCCUGCGCGCGCUGCGGAGGAGCCCCCCGCACCAGCCCCCGCACCCGCUGCCCCCCGACGGUGCUACCCACUGCGCUCCGCACCAGGGCGAGUGCGGGCGAGCGCCUCCCGCUGCCUCUUUCCACGACGUGGACGCGACCAACAACAACUACCACCCCCCAGACCGCGAGGGUGCGCUGCAAGACCGUGAGUCCCCGAGAAGUUACUCAUCCACCUUGCCUGACUUCGGGAGAAGUGCGCCAAGGGAAAGAAGAGGAACUCCAGAAAAAGAGAAAUUGCCUGCAAAAGCUGUUUAUGAUUUUAAGGCUCAGACAUCUAAGGAGUUGUCAUUUAAGAAAGGAGAUACUGUCUACAUCCUCAGGAAAAUUGAUCAAAAUUGGUACGAGGGAGAGCACCACGGAAGAGUGGGCAUUUUUCCAAUCUCGUAUGUAGAGAAACUCACACCACCUGAAAAAGCACAGCCUGCAAGACCGCCUCCCCCAGUCCAGCCUGGAGAAAUCGGAGAAGCUAUAGCCAAAUAUAACUUCAAUGCAGACACAAACGUGGAGCUGUCGCUGAGAAAGGGAGAUAGAGUUAUUCUUCUUAAAAGAGUUGAUCAAAACUGGUAUGAAGGUAAAAUCCCAGGAACCAACAGACAAGGCAUCUUCCCAGUUUCCUAUGUAGAGGUCGUCAAGAAGAACCCAAAAGGUGCUGAGGACUACCCUGACCCUCCCAUACCACACAGCUAUUCUAGCGACAGAAUUCACAGCCUAAGUUCGAACAAGCCACAGCGUCCUGUGUUUACUCAUGAAAACAUUCAAGGUGGGGGGGAACCGUUUCAGGCUCUGUAUAACUAUACUCCUAGGAACGAAGAUGAGCUGGAGCUCCGAGAAAGUGACGUCAUUGACGUGAUGGAAAAGUGCGAUGAUGGGUGGUUUGUGGGAACCUCAAGAAGAACCAAAUUCUUUGGUACUUUUCCCGGAAACUAUGUCAAGAGGCUGUGAAUCACUCUCCCUCCUUAUUUAUGCUGCAUUUCAGCAACGCAUCUUCAUACGCUUGUCUUCAUACGCUCGCCUGACACAUGCCGCAGGCCUCCCGUCGCCAUGCCUUAUGGUUUCCAACUCGCCAUCACCAUCAUCACCUGCCACCAAACCACCAGCAGAGUACCCGCCACCGCCGGCCUGGGGGAGAUGCGCACACUGGCCUCCAUGAGAAAGCGCGUAGGGCUGCUCUCUGCUCUAAACUUUGAAAAGUCGAAAUGUGAGAUCACAAAAAAAAAAAAAAAUCAUUAUACUUAGAUUAAAAUAUUUAAGGAUUUAAACAAACAAACAAAAAGUCUCCAAGAGGCUCUCCAAUCUCAUGGUCAUAUUUCAACAUCUCUGGAAGGUGUUCUCCCCUCAGGCAACCAGAAGAUUGUGUAUUAGGAAAUGUGGUGGUUUGCGUUUUCACAUUCUUAGCUUGGCAGUGUAUUUUCCUUUCACGAGUUUGCCUAGUGUCCUGGUUUACACAAUAUGACAACUGUACUUCAGCUAUUGUUUGCCUGCACUUAUAUGUUGUAAUAUGCACAGUGAUUACAACCUCUAGGGCAAGAGUAGGAAAGUUAAUUUGGAUGAGUGCGAUUUUGUUGAUUGAAUGUGAGUUUUCAAAUAGGAGUCUUUUCCUGCAAUUUUUUUGUACUUUUUAGAACUGCAAACAGUCAGUGAAUAAGAGCCUUUGGUAAUAAUCAUGAGAAUACAAGAGGUUUAGUUAGACUACAGGGGGGAAAAAAGCUAUUGUGUUGUAAAGUUGCAUUGCUAUUUUAUAUUAAAAUGUAAUAAUUAGCAUCAUGAACAAUGAAUUCUUAGUGUUUUAUUUAUCUGAUAAAAUUUAAGUAAAAGCAGUGUUAGUGAGAGGUGCAAAGAAUUAUUCUAACAUAGACACUUGAAAGUAUCAGUAAGCAAUACUAGUGGGUAAGAUUUCACUGUGUGUACACAUACACAUUUGAGAUUGUAUGAAAACAUAUAGUCCAUAUGAUAUGUUGUACAUUUUAUGGAAAUGUAAAAGAGUCCUACACAUUAUUUUAUAGAAAUAGAGUACAGAACCAUCACAGGUAUUAAGGUUGGCUUUAGCAAGGAUUAUGAUCAAUACAAUUAUUUUUACUAUGAUAAUUAUUUUUCUUCUAUGGAACUCAGAAUCCUGGCUACAUUUGAAGACAGGAAUAUGUUGAGCCUGAUUUUCCUGGUGUGUGUAAAAUAUUUCCUAGGAAUAAAUUAGGCACUUUUUAGAGACAAUGUUAAAUCAUUCAGGUUAUAUUUUCUGCCCUGAAGCAGAAAUUUACAAAACGAUAUUGGGAUCUGAAAGAUUUAAUAUGGUUAACAGUGCCUGAAUUACACAUACUCCGAGAACUAGCUUUGUAUUUCUUAUGACUUUUCAUAAGAACUAUUCAUCUUUGGAUCUUGAGCACCUUAUAGACAAAACUUUUUAUGGCAUUUCUUCCGUGGACAGUGAUUGAUCUUUUCACAAUGUACGUAGACUUUAGAAUUUUGUACGUUAUGUUUGCUCUUUCUUUUGUACAGACUAGUUGUUGAGAAAACAGGGGAAUUUCCUAAUUUGUCUUUAUCCUGCACUUAAACUAAGCUCAAAAACACUUUCAGCAGAUUAUUCUUCACAUAUCUCACAGAUCACAAGCACCUCUUGAUGGUGCGAUUCUGUCCGAUAGCAUUUAUGCAAAAGUUUAUGAAUUUAAGAGAUCUUAGAAGCCAAAUUGAAAUGUACAUAAAUACUGAUUACAGAGGAAGUUCAUUAGGAAGACGGUGGUAAAGAAACAUCUUUGAGUAGCCUGCCUUGAUCACUGUCAAGUUCACAAACAGCUUUGUAUUUUAAAGGCUUUGGGUUUGAAAUUAAGUCAACUGCAUGCAGCUUUGCCGAUAUAUGAAUAAUUCUCUCUUGAUGCCAUUUAUGAGAAAAGACUUCAAUAUCUGUUGCCUGUCAUAUUUAAGAAAAAUUACUGUUUCUACUCUCUGUAUCUGAUUUUAAAACGAAAAAUAUUCAUACCUGGCUUUCAGGAAAUUGACUUUGAAUUCUUACAAGCAAAGGUCAUUGUGUUUUUCUUGAAUAGACAUCUAAUAAAUUUCGCUUGAAAGUAUA